CGUCCUGUCGCAAUGUGGAUGCUGGAAGGGUGGUGUUGCACCGCCACUAGAUCCAAUUGAGGAACCCCCACUGGGAGUUCCAGUGCUGUCGCGUGACUCUCGCUGCCCCGGCGAGUUCAUGGUUCUCUGGUACGUCGGCUGGACACAGUUCAGACUACUGGAUAUCCAAUUGGGGACCCUUGUUGUCAGUGAGCAUCUGUUUUGUAUAAUGCCAGUAUGAGGAGACGUUAAAAUCGUCGAGCACUGCCGCACGAACGUAACGGAGAUUUUCGAGUUGCACAAGAUCAUCUUGUUGGCCGAUCCCCUUCACCGUUCACUUAGCGUUUCUCUCUUCCCGCUGGAAGCGAAAAGAAACUAUUCGCGAAAAGGGCGCAGAAAAACAGAAAAAUGACGGCGGAACACAAAACACAAACACGUCGCUGGUUUGGCUGCUGCUUGGGAAUGCUGCGAAAGUGGUGGGCAUGUAGAGGCGCCGAUAAACGGCUACGUAACAGAAGCAGCGAAAGAGAGAUGGCGCGAGAGCGCGCGCAGCAAAUGCGAAUGUUUGGGAUAAAAGGGAUAGCAAAAGCAAAUAAGGAGCAUUCAUUGGAAUGCGCAAUUCUAAUUGGGAUUAAACAUAGCGGGCGGGCAACAGUUGUUCUGCCCUAUGCCAAUUGGAAAUGUGCUAAAUGCACGUUUGGCAAUGCGCAAGUGUAUCGAUAACUCGCGGAUGGUUGGCAACACUGCUGGUCGGACGGAACAGCCGGCCGUCAAAUAUUUUUUCCCAACAUUUCACUAUUUUCACGAUCGUGUUACGGCACUAAACUCGGUUGAUAAGCACGGAGAGAUCUGGCUGCGGGUCUGGUGAAAUCCACAGAACAGACGGAACCCAUAUAGUGCCGCCCUUCAUUGGUUUUAUCUCAAGUACGACGCGAUAAGAUUUCGAGCAACUCGAUCGCAGAUCUUCCGAAAAAAAACAUGAACUCCAUCCUGAUAACCGGCUGCAAUCGAGGAUUGGGUCUGGGCCUGGUCAAGGCACUGCUCAAUCUUCCCCAGCCGCCGCAGCAUCUAUUUACCACCUGCCGGAAUCGCGAGCAGGCAAAGGAGCUGGAGGAUCUGGCCAAGAAGCACUCGAACAUUCACAUCCUUGAGAUUGAUUUGAGAAAUUUCGAUGCCUAUGACAAGCUUGUCGCCGACAUCGAGGGCGUGACCAAAGACCAAGGGCUCAAUGUGCUCUUCAACAAUGCCGGCAUAGCGCCCAAAUCGGCCAGGAUAACGGCAGUCCGGUCCCAGGAGCUGCUGGACACCUUGCAGACCAACACGGUGGUGCCAAUAAUGCUGGCCAAGGCGUGUCUGCCGCUCCUAAAGAAGGCGGCCAAAGCGAACGAGUCGCAACCGAUGGGCGUGGGCCGUGCCGCCAUCAUCAACAUGUCCUCGAUCCUUGGCUCCAUCCAGGGCAACACCGACGGCGGCAUGUACGCCUAUCGCACCUCCAAGUCGGCCUUGAAUGCGGCCACCAAGUCGCUGAGCGUCGAUCUGUAUCCGCAGCGCAUUAUGUGCGUCAGUCUGCAUCCUGGCUGGGUGAAAACCGACAUGGGUGGCUCCAGUGCCCCCUUGGACGUGCCCACCAGCACUGGCCAAAUUGUGCAGACCAUCGGCAAGCUGAGCGAGAAACAGAACGGCGGUUUCAUCAACUACGAUGGCACUCCGCUGGCCUGGUGAACGAUGACGGUGCUAGGUGUAGCUGCAUUUUCAUUCUAUUUGUUAAUUGUUGUUGAAUAAACUGAACUCUUGAGUUUCCUUUCUGGCGCUCCAGCAGCCCCUUCAUUGGCA